CCACAAGGAUUAGCCACCACAGUAGCUUUCAGUCUUUAUCACACUGUCAUACAAGGCUUAGUCAUUAUCGCUGUAACACAUGGCGUGGGCAACCAAAACAUUUUUGGAACAUCAAAUGGUCAAGACACAUUGUGUUCUCUAUGAACCCAAUGUCCUGUUUAUUUAAUCAUUCUUCAUUCAUCAGUCAUUCUUAAUUGUGUUAGUUAAAACAUCUUAGAACUAUCUGUUUAACACAGAGCAGCUUAACAUGCUAACAACAUACAGGAACAGAAAUUCAUGUGUGUUUGGCUGUAGUUUUAUGGUCUCAUGUUUUCCUUUACAUUUUGAAAUUCAACCACUUCACACUUCACACUGGUUGAUUUGAGUGUUCCGAUGACUCAUUCAUUAUGACAUUAAUCACCAAAAAAUGACCAGCCGUGUUAGCCGUGCUCUUUUUCUCAGAGAGCAAGUAUUAUUUAGCAUUAGUGUCAUGAUGUCAUGCUGUUGGUCAGUCUGCUCUGUAAAAGUGCCAGAGUUGUCAGGGGCCAGAGCAAACUCAAGUUCGUUCAACUCUAAGCCUGUUCUAUUCAGCUCCCCGGAGCCGCUGAUAGAAACUCCCUGUGGAGCGUGCUGCAGGGAGGAAGUGCUGAUAAGAAGCUACUUUAGUCAUUUAAGAGAUUUCCUCUGAACACCAGGAGACAAGAAGACCUACGUGGAUAUGAAAUUACCAGACCACAUGUUAUUCAAUAACAAUAAACACAUCAGUUUGCAACCCUUGCAGUCAGUCUGAACCAAUGGUCUGAACUGAACUGAACGGCUCAUUAUCCUGUUCCCUUGGAGACGGGAAACAUUGCGUUGGGGAGCGCAAGAUUGGAGUUUCUCUUCGUCCUACGAGUGUAUUUCGCCUUUUGUGCUGGCCAACAUGUGUGAGAUGAACUCCCACAGUGCAUCUCUCACAGCCAAGGAAUGCUGGGAGCAAUGUGGUGUGUCAGACCAGACAGCAGAUGAAGACGAUGGCCUUCUAGUCACAAACAUUAAUCACUCCAAGGACCUAAUGAGGAUGCACACCCUGAGGGCUGACCCCGGUGUCUGCCAGACCUCGGCUGACUGGUUGGAGUCCAGCAGCCUGCAGAGUGCUGGCCUCUCUUUGUCUCAUAUCCUGUCCUGCUGCUCUUCUUCACCUGGGACCACUGGGGAAUCGUCUGAAGUCAGUGCUGAAGUGCUCAGAGACUUUGAGAUGAAGCUGUACCAGAUGAUUGAGCUUUACCACAACAGGAUCAGAUGGCUCACAGAGGGAAGCAGGAAGGUCUUUGGAAUGGUGAGAGGCUCCAAGGUGGCGGUCUUGGUGGAUGCCUCAGAUGUGAACUGCUCUACAGACAGACUCAUUGAUCUUCAGAGGAACCUCUUGGAUUUGCUCGACAAGCAGCUGCGCCACAAAACCAAGAUACAUCUCAUCUCGUUCGGGUCGGAGGUCGGCUCCCAAUGGGACCAGCCCAGAGACACCUCUCCACUAAGGCUACGCGAAGUCCAGGAAUGGGUCCUGCAGCUGGGGCCGAGCGGAGGCUGUAACCUGCUUCAGGCAGUGAAGAUGGCCUUGGCUCAGACGGAGCUGGACUCUUUGCUCGUCAUCUUGGGCUCCUGCCCCGAUCAGCCCUCAGGGCUCCUCUGUGAUGCAGUGGAGCAGUGCUUGCUGGGAAGAGAGGCAUCAGUCCAUUCUGUGGGCUACUGCUGCAGUCCUGCUGCUAUAGAAACAGUGAAGAGACUUGCUGAAGUCACAAGGGGUAGCUACCACCUGUUCUCACCUUCCCUGGGUGUGCUGGAUGACAGCACUGACCUGGACCUCCUAUGGGCUGAAAUCAAAACAGCCAGACACGUUCUCAGCCACAUUCACAACAUUCGCUCUGGUCACAUGGAAGACGUUGAGAUCCUGACAGGCAUGGAGGAUAUUUCACUCUCUGAGAAGACUUCUGGGAUGAACCACCUUAAUGCCCCCUUACACAUCCAGCCUAAAGUCCUGCUGCCAGUGACCUCAGUGGAGUGGCUGAAGACCCAUGGUUUGAAAGCUCAGAAGCUGGGCCUGUACCAAGUCCUGGCCCCCAACGCCUACUCUUCGCUGAAAGAGUUUGUGCCCGUUUUGGGGAAGACAGUAAGAGCAACUGUGCAUGAGAGAGCCAUGGUGCCGUUUGAGUGGCAUGAUGGAACUGUGAAGAACGUGCACGUGGACCUGCCUCUGCUGUUUCAGUACCAGAAGCAGCUCCAGAGUGCCACGCGUGAGCUGGAGAGGAGGGUGCUGUGGCUGAGUAGCACUGGCAGCCGGCAGAUCUGGGGAACUGUGUGUGAGCCGAGGGUACAGAUUCUGGUCGAUGCGUCGAGCAUGAACGAUCGGCACUGGCUCCACAUUCUGCACUCCCUCAGGCUUCUCCUGGAAGAGCAUCUGGGCAGCCAGCACAGCUUCAAUGUCAUAGUGUUUGGCACAGAGGUGGCAUCCUGGAGAGAAUACCCGGUUCCUGUUUCCCCGAAGAACCUUCAAGAGGCCUGGCAGUGGCUACAGGGCAGACAGAGUGCUGGGGGCCGCAACACGCUGGGGGCCCUGAGGCUGGCCCUUGAGGGAGAUCCUCACAGGGCCCCUGCAGUCCCCCAUGGCCUCUACCUCUUUACCAGCGGGGUGCCUGACCAGGACAUGGCAGCGGUGAGUGCGUAUGUGUCGGAGUGCUGCAGCACCUCUGAAGUGAGACUCCACUUGUGCCUCUUCACUGCCGACAUGGACACCCCCAGCGACCCACUGCCCCCACGCCACGCUACGCGUACUGACACUGCCCAGGUGUUGCGGCAGCUGGCACACGCCGGGAAAGGCCGCUUCCACUGGAUCAGCCAGACAGGCAUCGUUGAAAGUGAUGACGUCAGCGCUCUAAUUGGAGAAAUGGAGAAGGCUGCUCGUUAUUGGCAGAAGUGCAGUCAACUGGUGGACUCCUUGGCCCAGAGGGCUUCGAUCAGAGCUCCGGUUGCAGGCCAGGCUCGGGCAGGCAGCGCCCCAGUCGGGAGGGCCCAGACUGGGGGACGACAGGAGAAACUUCCCCCACCUCGACCCACCAUCCUCACACUCACACGGCUGUCGAACAGGGAUAAGGGACCAGACAGAGGCUCCCUACAGAGAACAAUAACAUGGCGGCCGACCAGUGCAAAAGCUGUUAUACCCCCAGCAAAACCAGUGAAUGGCUGGAAGCCAGCGGAAAAUGACCUCAGGCGAAAGAAAAUCAAAACGUCUCAAUCAUGUUUUUUCUUAGAGGAUGGCAGCAUGGGGAUGGUUUUCAAGGCAUACCCAAAAGCAAGAAGCAUUCGAAACGGGAUCACUACAGUGAAGCUACCAAAGCGGGAAGAGAUUUGCUCAACCAAACAGUGGCUGAAGCGAUAUGGAAUCAGGAGUUUGAGGUUGGAUCUUCACAAGCUCAUCUCAGGGCCUGACUGCGUUCACCAUAAGAGACUUGUGCCAGACAGCCAGCAGAAAGGCUCUGCGAAGUACUGCGCCAUUCUUCCAAGCGUGGAGCUGAACGGCAGAGUGAGGCACCUGCAGCUGACCCCCACUGAGCUGAGCCAGUACCUCACAGAGGCGCGGCGGCUGCUGCAGCGCUACUGCCACAGGAUGCAGUGGCUCCUCUCUGGAAGCCGACGUGCGUUUGGGACGGUGUUGGAGAGCUCGGUUUGCUUCCUGUUGGAUGUGUCCGGCUCCAUGGCCCCCAACCUGUCGGAGCUGAAGAGGGAGCUGGCCUCACUGAUCUGGGAACAGCUGCAUGGGCAAAGAGUGAGGUUCACCCUCCUGGUGUUCUCGGGGGACGUGAGGUCCUGGCGCCCUGAGCUGGUGGAGCCCACUGAGGAGGCCUGCAGGCAGGCAGUGCAGUGGCUGUCUCAGCUCACCUGUCACGGGGGGACACACACUCUGGAGGCACUGCAGGCCGCCUGUGGGCUCGGAGCCCCUCUGGCCUGGUACCUUAUCAGUGACGGGAGGCCUGACUCCAGCUGCAGCCUGGUUCUGCGUGAGGCAGAGAGACUGACAGCUGGGAAGGACAUCACCAUCCACACCAUCGCAUUCCACUGCAGAGACAGAGCAGAUAAAGAGUUUUUGAAGAAGCUUGCCCAUAAAACAGGGGGUCGAUUCCACUGUGCCCAAGAGGAUGGCAAAGCCGUAGAUGCCCUUGCCUCUCGCGAACAGUGGGAGAGCAAGCUGAAUGACGGGCAGGAGCGAACAGUACUGCUGUUUGAGGGAGACGAUUUGAGAAGGCUGGGGGAGGAAAUGAACAAACUGGUACAGUUCCAGAGAGAAGCCGGGGGUUUCAGAGACGUUCUUUUGGAAAAGAAGGAUCAUGAAUAAACUUGAGAGGGAGUGAAGAAAUGAAUGGGUCUUAGUGCACUGUACUGCACAGAGCUGCACCUCUGGCAUCUACAUAAUCUUUAAUCGAUGGUCUGAAAAUAAUGUAGUGGUACUGGUAAAUUAAUGCUGCAAUCAAAUUAUGAGGGGAUGUUUUUUGACCAUAACAUUUUAAAUAUGAAGGAAAUGAUGUUCUGUAAAUGUAAUUAUCAUGUUAAUUGUUAAUGACAACUGUGACUAAAGCUGUAGGUUGUGUGUUAUAACUGUGUCACUACACAGUUAUUUAUAAAUGUCAGUACAUUUUUGCUUUUUUUUUUUUUUUUUUUACAUUUAACGGUAUUGAAUAAAAUAUUUUCUCGGUGAAUACGAAAUGCACAGCUUUUCGCUUACUUACGGUAAGGGUCUCAGGUGAAGCAACAGGUGAUUGACAGGUUGAGGAUAUCAAAUGAGUUCGGAACCUGAGUAAAGGGGCAACGACCGAGCGGAAUGUCCGUGGAUACAGGCAGAGAAUGGAAUUUUUCAGUUAAUUCAUGACCCACAAUAAGAAGGUAAAGUAUUAACUAACUUGUAAAUAUGUUUGUUUGAAAACAUUUGCAACAGGUCACUGACAUCACCGAGCAUCUCCUGGUUUAUUAAUUAACCUAAUUGUGCUGUUUUGUUGGUGGUAUUUCAUUAAGAGUGCAUGGUUCCGACGUUUUCCGAAAGUAUUGGCCUAUAUAUUCAAGAGGUAAUGUCUAAAUCUCUAUAAAACGUUAACCGCCGUUUUUUAAAAUACAUUCAAUAAAAUGUAGCCUAAGUAUGUUUUUAUCUUU